UUGUUCGUCGAAGGUCGAGAAAACGGAGGUCUUGUGGCGCUGGUUAGUGCAAUUCAACGUCCCAAUCUGUUCGGUGCAGUCGUGGCUGAUAACCCUGUGUGUGAUAUGUUGCGCUAUUUUAAAUUUUCUUCAACCGCGCGUUGGAUCGAGGAGUACGGAAAUCCGUACCACGAAGAUCGAUUCAGAAAUCUCCUUAGCUACUCUCCCGUGCACACAUGCCAAAAGUUGCGGGAGGCCGGAGAUCAAAUCCCCGCAUUCCUGAUCGUAACUGACCCAAAAGCCUCUCGUGUUGAACCGGUGCAUUCGUUCAAAAUUGCCGCCAGUUUGCAACAUGAAUCGCAGCUGAUGCACGCCAAACCUGUAUUGAAUUGGGUUCGGGACCAAUCCAAAUCAGAUGUGAGCCAUUUUUGA